CGUCAGCAGGCCAUGUCAGCAGCCUACGUCAGCAAGCCACGUCAGCAGGCCCCCAGCCUGGUCUAUGCUCACGCGCUCGCAAACAGCCGUCGUGGACCAGCAGUCUGGGGAAACGGACGAGGCUUAUCAGGCCCGGAUGCUGCUUCUGAUUACCGAAGCCAAGCAACGGUCGGAUGCAGUAGCAGUCGCAGCAAAGAAGAAGGCAGAGGACGCCGAGAAGGCACGUCUGUUCGCAAUCGAACAGCAGUGCCAGCACGACGAGGCAGCAAAGGUUGCCGAUGAAGAACGAAUUCAACGACGUGAGAAGAUAUUCAGUGGAGAGCGAGUUUUGCUCACAAUGGCAGCGGACUGGCGGGUCGAGGCCGAGAAUGGCAAGAUGGAAGAGAGUGAAAACAAGAUCGCUUUACUCCUCUCCUAUCUCACGGACCUCCUGGCAACAUGCAUUACACAGCAGGAGGAUAUCCACAGCCUCGACGAUGCGUUAGCGCAAGUCAACAGCCGCCUACAGCAGCUGGAGCAACGACCCGUGGCCGCCCCCGAUGCCGGCUCCUCCAACACCAACACCUCCGAUCACCUCGAGGCAUUGGAGAUUGACGUCGGAUCCCUCAAGGACGGCGUGCAGUUACAACAAACCGCAACGCAACAGUUGGAGAAGCGGAUCUGUACUGUUGCCGCCCCCUCGAGCUCGGAACCGCGCGAGACGACUCCAAGGUUCGAUGAUCAGGAGAGCUUCUGCGACUCGACGAAGACGGACCCGAUUCCAUGGUUCCGCAAGUUCGAUCUCACACUGCAGCUACACCACGUCAGCGAACACAAGCACCAUGCGUACUUAUACCGGUCGGGGGGCGCGUGCCAAGCAUGGUUGGACAAUCUCUUGUCCAUGUACGGAGUGGUGGCUGCCGACUUUCACACCAAGAUCAGCUGGGAUGAUCUGAAGGUGGCGUGGCAUAAACGGUUCCAAGUAGAGCCGUCGGAGAUCAAGGCAAUGGACAAGCUGAUGACCUUCGAACAAGGCACGCUGCCGAGUGUUGACUGGAUUGCCGAGUACCAACGCUUGACAUCCGUCCCAGACCUUCAAAUGGGCUUCAAGGCUGUCAAACACUACUUCAUCUCGAGGUCGUGUCCAGCAUUGGGCAACGCCUUGACUCACGUCGAGGACACCCUGACGACAAUGGCGGAGCUCUUCGACAAGGCCGCGCAGAUUAUUGUCACGAACAAGGAGGCUAAGAACCUCCACCGUUCGUUUGUGCCAGGCCUGAGCAGAGAUCAACAUCGGUCGAAAGUGGUCGUGGUCGCGGCGACAAUGCCAAAUGACCAAACUAGCGAGGCGUUCUCCGACAUCUUCGAGUCACCUACCGGUGUGGUGCCGGAUCGGCCGAUCUCUCACGAGAUCAUUCUUGAGGCCAGUGUCGUGCCGUCUAAAGGUUGCAUUUAUCGCAUGAGCAAGGAGGAGCUUUCGGUCCUCCGUGCGCAACUCGAUGACUUGUUGGACAAGGGCUGGAUCCGCCCUAGUAGCUCUCCAUAUGGAGCUCCAGUUCUUUUCGUACGGAAGAAGAACAAGGAUCUACGAUUGUGCAUCGACAACCGCAAGCUCAUCGCGCAAACCGUGAAGAAUGCGGGGCCUCUUCCUCGUAUUGACGAUCUUCUUAAGCGAUUGGGCGGCGCAAAGUACUUCUCUAAAUUGGAUUUGAAAUCGGGAUACCAUCAGAUUUCGUUCCGGCCGAAUGAUCGCUACAAAUCCGCGUUCAUGACGUGGUAUGGGCAUUUUGAGUGGGUGGUCAUGCCUUUUGGCCUCACCAACGCCCCGACGACCUUUCAAGCGGCAAUGACCAACGAGUUUCGUGCGAUGUUGGACCGGUUCGUGCUGGUCUACUUAAACGACAUUCUCGUCUAUAGCCGGUCAUUGGAGGAUCAUCUUGAGCACCUUCGACGGGUGUUGGAGACGCUGCGCCGCGCCAAAUACAAAGCCAACCACGACAAGUGUGAAUUUGUCUCGCAAGAGCUGGAAUACUUUGGCCAUUUUGUCACACUUGAGGGCAUCAGUCCGUUGUCGGACAAGAUUCAAGCCAUCCAGGAGUGGCCGGAGCCGCGGAACGUCACGGAUGUCCGUUCGUUCCAUGGCCUUACCGGCUACUACCAACGUUUUAUCAAGGGAUACUCGAAGAUUGCGGCCCACUUGACCAAGCUUCAAUGUGAGGAUCGACCGUUUGACUUCGGGGAGGAUGCGCGGGAAUCAUUUUUGGUUCUCAAAGUCGCGCUAUUAUCUGCGGAGGUCUUGCGAAUCUAUGACCCGCUAUUGCCAACACGUGUCACUACGGAUGCGCCCGGCUAUGGCAUUGGUGUCGUCCUCGAACAACACGAUGGCGUGGACUGGCACCCGGUCGAGUACUUCAGCAAGAAAGUGCCCGUCGUGCACUCCAUUGAUGAUGCACGCAAGAAGGAGCUCCUAGCCUUCGUCCACGAGGUCCAUCAGUGGCGACAUUUCCUCCUUGGUCGAAGCCAAUUUCGAUGGGCAACGGACAACAAUCCGUUGGUCUUCUACAAGGCCCAAGACACCGUCAACAGCACCAUCGCCCGAUGGAUGGCUUUCAUUGACYAGUUCGACUUCUUUCCCGAUCACAUUCCGGGGAAGUCGAACCGUUUUGCGGAUGCCCUUUCACGGCGUCCGGAUCAUUGUACCGCAGUCUAUUCGACCUUCGAGAUCGGCGACGACCUCCGGGAUAGCUUCAUCCGCGGCUACCAAGCUGACCCCGAGUUUCGCGACAAGUACGUGAAUUGCUCCUCUCCUAAUCCGGCGCCUUCUCACUACCGGAUCCAAGAGGGGUACUUACUUGUCCACACGCGGGGGAAGGACCUUCUUUGCACACCGAGUGACUCUCACUUGCGUACACGGCUUCUUGGCGAGUUCCACGAUGCUCCCGCCACCGGACACUUUGGAGUCAAUUGCACGAUUGGCCGACUUCACGAGCGAUUUUGGUGGCCCGGCCUUCUCGACGACGUUACACGGUAUUGCGAGUCAUGCGAGGUUUGCCGACGCUGCAAAUCCCGCAACCAUCGUCCGUACGGCGAGUUGCGACCAUUACCGGUCCCCUUGCGCCGAAGGGAAGCGAUUGCCAUGGACAUUACCGGCUCAUUCCCCAAGCACAAGACCGGUGUGGAUGGGAUUCUCAUGGUGGUCGACCGACUCACCAAGUUCGCCAUGUUUUUGCCUUGCCGCUAUCAUGCCAAGGCACCAGAGUUAGCUGAGCCGGAGCUGGAGCUUGUGGCUAGGGGGCUGGAAUCUCGAAUAGCAUUCCCGGAGAGGAAGGAGCUCUUUGACAUUUACGUGUCCACUGGUGGAAAGGCCGCAGCCGCAGUUGCAGCAGAGGCGUUGGCCCUGAGCAUCAACGAUCAUGUGACAGCACUGGAUUGAGAGUGGUUGGCUCCUGUCUUUCAACCUUGUUCAGCGUCACACCUCACCGCCCGUUCAUUUUGACUGAAGAACCAAAGUGUACGACUGCAAGCUGCUGGCCUUUGUCCCGUUCUCCCUUUGGACCCAUUCUUCCCCUUCCUUCUGAUGAUGAUCCUGGUAGACCCAGUUCCAAUGAGGCCUCGACCAUCAUCAACGAUGAUUUUUCACCGCUCGGGGAAGUGAAGGAAUUUGCCAGCGAAUGCCGGAUGGCUCCUUAGUGCCAAGUCUGCUCAAUAUCACACUGAAUUUGCAGUAAUAAGGAGAUUGAUUGAUGGCCCCACGCUCGAAAAAAUGGGCGAAUGGAUGUGGCUGGGUGUUGUGGAUGUCUUCUCUCUGCCAGUUUUGUGAAGGACUAUACUCGAGUUGAAGUUUUUUGAUGUGAAGGAAGUACUGUACGGAUGGAGAUGUUGUAGAUGGGGAUUGGUGCGCUUAUGUUUUGGUGGGAUCCCACUCAAUGUUGGAACAGAGGUUUUAGGAUGAUCCCCUUAAGGGUCCGCGCAGGACAAUUCUUACUGCAGGAUCGAUGAUCCCCUUAAGGGUCCGCGCAGGACAAUUCUUGCUACAGGAUCUCUGAAUUCUCCUUGGUACCACCAUGGAGUUAUUUCCCCAGUUCCCACGAUCUCCCCAGUGGUUAGCUGAAACCAGUGGCGUUCGGCAUGUUUCAAGGAUCGUGAGAAGCAAGCAGAUGACGAGUGACAGCUGUCGAAACUGCGUCAAGGACGAAUGGACUCUUUUAGGAUCCUGAAGCCUCUAUCCUUCUCUGAUUAGGUCUCCGAAGACACCAUCUGCUGUGGUGGGCCCGCAAGUUGACGUACCGUCCGGCCCCGCAAGCUGACGUACCAUCCACAGAUAUCGUGGGGAGGAGAGAGGCAUUGUGAGCCAUGGGAAAAAGCCAUGUUGGGUGUGCCUUUUCGACCAACCUGAAAGGGAAAGGAAGCUGUGAUCUGGCCAAGAUGGGAGGGUCAAACCAGGUCUUCUUGUGCUGGCAGGUUGUUUACGAUUGUGCCGCUGUCUUGAUCGCAAAAGCACGCCGACGCCUGGGUGAACCCAGUGCUUUCGAAUUUUUCACCUGCACCAUCCGAAUCCCAGGCACCUGUGUGCUUUCUGAGGCGGUGGUGGCUGUUGCGCUUGGGAUACCGUUGUCCAUCUUUUGGCGGCGCGGACGGCGAUGUAAGUUUCACCUGUUGUCAACUCUUCACUCAGUCUGCAUCUUUCAGUUCUUGGAAUGGGUAACAUAAUACUAACAUUUGAAAGACCCCUUUUGCGAGCAAUAUCUCUGUGCACAGAUCUAUGCCCUUCAAGCCGGUGCACUCUUUUACCCUCCGACUCUGUCCUCUGCAACCAAUUGUUGCUCCUGAACCUUGUGAGAAAUCUGUCCAAUGGUGUGAUCAGAAAUUUACUUUCUGUCAAUCGGAAGGCUUGUUUCUAUCUAAAUUUUGUACAUUCUAGGCCCUAACUUCAACCUCCUCCUAGUGUCUACCGUCAACAUGCAGUGAGAAGUUGCUACGCUCACCCUUCACACGCACUCUCGGGAGACAGCAGUAGAAAGUAAGUUUCCAUGUAGUGUUUUUUUUCACUGGAUCGGGGAGUAAGUCAGUUUCUAUCCUAAAGUGGAGACCAAGUAGUCUGAGGUUAACCAGCUGAAUCUGUUACAGAAAAGAUACGAGUUUUGAGCCCUCAGGGCCUCAGGCAGUGAAGUACUUAGCAAGAGUUGGUUGUGGCAGUAAAGUAAUUACCAAGAGUUGGUUCUGUGUUUCUAUCAAGUAGUAGGUGGAGGCCAACGAAAUGAAUCUGUUAUAGACAA